CUUCUCACUACAUCGCUUGAAAUGCAUGUCGGCGGAGAGUCUCUGCAGUGCCCGGCUACAGUGGCGCAGGAUCACACGUCAAUUCCGCACAUCUUAUUCCGAUCUCUUAUGUUUGCAAACCGACAUCUAUCGACAUGAAUGCGGUUUUAUCGCCGAGCAACAGCGAGAUCAGCCCUUUAUUCUCGUUUAGUUAACUGAUCCCAAUUGGGCUGGCCAAUGUAGCCGUCUUUCAGUUCUGCGCGUUUAGAGCAUUUUGUUUGCUGGAUUGUUUACAUGAUCUCUCAGAAGAGGCUGAUUUAAUUCACCUAUCUCUGGAUUGGCCAAAGGCACAUCUUCACAUCAGUCGGAUCAAAGAAGAGAUUCGACUUAUUCCAUCUCGGAGUGCGGCUUAAUAUGUCAAGACGAAAACAGACCAACCCUUUCAAAGUGAAUUGUAGGUAUCUCAGGGCCUUUUCACACAACUGGGUUGGCAGGACCACAGCACACUUUUGAGAUGGAUUCUCGAGAUGACUUCAUUGAGGAUGGUGAAUGCCAUAGCAACAACUCACAGGAGCUUGAAGAGCAAGACAGCACAAGCGACGACGGUGAUAGUGAUUUUGAUAAAGAUGACUCAUCAAAUGCCUCGGCUGAUUACAGCAUAACGAGUCAUAAAAUCGGCCACUGCCCCAUUCAACAUGAUGAUGUCAAGGAGGAGAACGAGGAGGGAACAGAACAGGGAAGUGGUUAUGUAUGUCCUCUUUGUUCUUUGGAGUUCAGUAGCCCAGAUCAGCUCGUCGCACAUGUAUACCAGCACACAGCAGUGGGUGGCAGUAAGAGUUAUGUCUGUCCUGUUUGUGGACGAGCACUCAGCUCUCCGGGCUCUCUUGGCCGCCAUAUUCUCAUCCAUUCUGAGGACCGUUUAUCCAAUUGUGCAGUGUGUGGAGCUCGCUUCACCGACACCAACAACUUCAACAGGGAAAAGUUGAAGGAAUUCCUCAACAUGAGCAGUAUAGAAAUCAACAGUGAUGGUGAGGCCUGCUCCAUGUCCAACUCCCUACCUAGAAGCUCCAUGACAAACCCCGGCACCAGUCCUGGGCCUGCACUGACCUCAAUGCCAGACGGCCUCCUCUCUUCUGCGCCUCCUCUUCCCUCACUUUCCGAAGGCCUAAGUCCGUCCAACAUGGGUCUUCCGCCUCUUCCAGACCUUCUGAACCCAAUGACCGUGUACCCUGCUGGGGUUCUGUUGGUUUGCAACAGCUGCAUAGCCUACCAGCAGCUUGUGGAUGCCCAAUCACUGUCAAUGAGAAAAUGGGCAAUGCGUAGGAAGAAUGAGCCUGUGGAAGUGCGAAUGCAGCGGCUAGAACGUGAGCGAACGGCCAAAAAGUCCAAACGGGCAUGCGAGACGCCGGAGGAACGCGAGAUGCGACGCUUGCGAGACCGCGAAGCGAAGCGAAUGCAACGGAUGCAGGAGACUGAUGACCAGAGGGCGCGGCGUCUACAGCGCGACCGGGAGGCCAUGCGACUCAAAAGGGCGAAUGAAACGCCUGAGAAGAGGCAGGCACGCUUAAUUCGUGAAAGGGAAGCUAAGAGGCUAAAGAGGCGUCUGGAGAAGAUUGACCCAUCACUGCGAAACCAGAUCGAGCAUGACCCUGCAGCAAUGGCAGCUCUGACUGCUGACAUGAAUCUAUUCCAGUUUUCCUUCCCAAUGUCAGUUCCCUCCAUGGAUAACGGUCUGUUCACGAAGCUGCCGUAAUGAGCACAGCUCCCAACACCUCUCAGCCCAACAUUCGGAAAAUAUUUGAAAAAUAAAAACUUGACUAUAACUGCUAUAUGAUUACAAUGGACUAGCAGUUUCAAAAGGCGUUAACUCUGACAGCAUUUUGCUGCAACAAAGCGACCAGAAGUAAUUUCUUUUCAAUAAGAGUUGGCGAUUUGAGGCGUCGUGAACGAUAGAGAGCGUUGGCAAUGCAACAAAGUUGAGCUUCAUGCUAAUGUGCAGUGAUAUGAAACAGUGACUUCCAGAGGGAGUUCCAACAAUGAAGCUCACAUAAUCCACAGCCUGAUUCAGUUGGAUACUGCAGUCAAGUAGGAAUACCUACUAGGAACCUACAGUUCAGUGACUCGGUGACCUCCAGUGCUGCAGUCACUAUUAGUGUGAACCACUCUUAAUGGAUUUAUGUAACAUAAACUGAAUUUAUAUAAAAAUUCAGACUCUGACAGAAGGGCAGAUAUGUUUCCCUGCCUAUAAGCAUGUUUUAGAAGAUUCAUUCUACUUCAUUUUCAUGAUUUUAGCCUUCUUUGUUCAGAGCAGUGAGACCUUCUGUAAAGUGUCUCUGUUUGCACACAGAUCCACAGUGAUGGGAGUGAGAAAUGAAGCCACUCCACACUCUGUUCAGCCUACUUUUAAAAUUUGCCAGUCUAAAAGGUUGGAGUUUACCUGUAAACAUGGCUCACCUCCCAGGAACCUAGAUUGGGUCACUGGAUAGCUUAUAUUCACAGAACCAACUACCUCACCAUGGGCUCUCUGCAUGGCUCAGUUUCACCUGUGGCCUCUGUCUGGAUCCCACACACUGACUCGACGUUCCUUAUGCCAACAUGUACUACAAUAAUUUCCCUACAGAUUCACUGAAACUACAUCACUUUAUUUAAACGCUGUUAGGAGGCAAGGUGACUCAAUGGCCCUGUUCCAAAUGGCGCACUUGUGUGGACUUGCAGUCACGUCGUCUUUAAUCAUGCAUGUCUGUGAAGUCCAAGAUACCAUAGGGCAGGGCUACUCAAAUCCACUCUAGGAGGGCCACCGUUCUGCCAAGUUAAAAUCCAUCUCUAAUCAAAGAUAUCUGAACAAGCUAAUUUAGGUCUUCUUGAAAGUCCAAUUGAAACCAACUGGAACUGGAUUUCUGAAAGCACAGCUUCCCGCCUGUCUAAAAUUAUUGUUAGUCGAUGGAUGCCUCCGUGUUAAGGCCAAAGUAUACUUCGGUUUCCUGUCGGCCACUAUGUCUUGUGCAUAGUGCACUUGACGCAAAUUUGCACCAUCAGCACUCGCGGACUGUGCAUGUGCAUCCCAGUUCAGGGUUUCCAUGGUAAUGGAAAACCUGGAAAUAUCAGAGAAUUUUUCAAUUGCGAUUUCCAGGCCUGGAAAAGUUGUGGAAAUUGAUCGGAUCUUUAAAGUCAUAGAAAAGCCUAUGGUGAAUGUAAAUUUUUCUAGUUAUUUUUCAGAAAAUCACACUAGAUUAGCUAGAUUGCUCUUGGGUAGAGGAAGGGGGUUCAGACCGAAUACAUUCAUUGCUGCGCUUAAAAAAAAGCUAGAUGCAGCAUAACGAAUAGAACAGAACGAAGAUGUCUUGAGACAUGUCUUUUAAGAGUUGACGUUCUUUUUAAGAUGAAAAAGUGUCUAAAUAAAUGCGGCGCUGCUGUGCAAUACAUUACAAAAAAACAGCGCAUGUUUACAUAGAAAAACAAUUCGAAAACAGUGCAGACGAUGGAAAAAUGCAUUCGGUGUAAAUGGCCCCUUGCUCGCAAGUGAUGUCAGAUUUGUGAGAGAAUUGUUCUUUUGGGUUAGUGAUGGGUCAAAAUGGCUCCAAAAUCAGUCUGAAUGAUCCAUUAGCGAAUUUGUCUGAAUCAAAAUUAUUUUUUAAAUUCUGGAUCCAGUUAUCACAAAUGCCUGGAAAGGUCAGGGUUAUUCACAGCGCUAACUGACAUGACAUAACCUCUAGGGUGUUGGCGCUCUUAUGCACCUUCGAUGCACAUUUUUUGCUAAGGCCGCACUAGUGCGGACUACUACCGGACAGUCUAUACUGCUUUACAUCACCAAAACGUGAACUCGGAGAAGGUCUGCAAGGUUUGAGGGCGUCAUUUGAAACGGGGCCUCUACAGUAGACUCUUUUGUCCUUUUGAAAAGAGACAAAUCUACUCUGAGGAUGUACUGUUAGAUAGUUGAAUGGAUUCAUAUUGAAAGUAUCUGUUUCAAAGCACAUUCAGACACAUUUCUUUGACCUCGCAAAGGCUUUAUACUUAACAUAAUGCUACACGGGUUGAUAUUUGUGCAGGUACUCAGGGAUGGUGAGGAUCAAACUGCAUCCUCACAGCCUGAGGAUAUAGAGGAGCAGGAGACCUCCUCUUCCUCAUAUAUCAUUUUCUUUUGUACAUUGUUCACACUCCAAACUCUGCAGCUGAGCCAAGAGAUCCAUAAGGAUAUUACUCAACUCCAUUAUAUCUUGACUAACCAACCAAUCUCCUCCUCUGCUGCUGUCACUGUACUGUAUGAUGUGUACGUUACCUCUUAAAACCAGUGUGGUCAUGCACUGGAACUGGGAAUGCUUGUUGUGAACAGUGAGGCACUUAGUGUGUGCUUGAUCUCUAUGGCAAAAUAAUUAGUGUACAAAAAUUUAUGUUGCCUUUGUCACUGGAAGGUUGUUCUAGGGUUUUAAUAUUUAAAUACAGGUAAAUGAUUUUUGAGCCCUAUUUCUAUUAGAUGUGCAAUGAUGUAAAUGUUUAGCGAAUGCACGUACAAUGAAAUAACCAGGAUGAAUACUCAGAGAGAAAUCCCUCCAGUAUGAAACAAUAUUGAAUAUGUACGCUAAAAAAUAGAAAUGGCAAAUAUUGUAUACAUUAAAAAAACUCCCUUUACACUAGUUUUAAGUCAACAUGAAAUUCAAAUGGACUCUAUUUACUUUCUUAAUGCACAUUCCUGGUCUUGUUGUGCAUGAUCUUUACAUGUUAUUCAAAGAUUUUUUUUUUUUUUAAUCUUUUAUCAAAAUGUAUUAACUUGCUUACUCUGAAACAUUCCUUUUUAUCUGACGUCAUCUAGGGUGCGAGGGUGGGGAAACUAAUGUUACCCGAUAGCUGAGUGGUAUUUAGGCAUGGUUUUAGGCUACUCUUUUAAGUAAUGCAGCCUUUCUAAAAUCUUGCCAAUGGUUAAUGUGGUAAUUCUGUGAUCAUUUACUCACCCUCUUGCUGUUCAAAGUUAUAAGACUUUCUUCCGUUGAACAUGAACACAAAAUGAGAUGUUAAGCAGAAUAUUAGUGACUGACACAGCCUCAGUAACUAUUCAUUCAUUUUAAUUGUGCAGCAUCAACAUUAUUUAUAUUUUCUCCUUGUGUUCCACUGAAGAAAGUCAGUCAUAUGGGUUUGAAAUAACAUUGGGGUGAGUAAAUGAUGACAGAAUUUUAUUUUUGGGGUUAAAGGGAUAGUUCACCCAGAAUUGAAAUUUCUCUCAUCAUUUACUAACCCUAAUGCCAUCCCAGAUGUAUCUGACUUUCUUUUUCUGCAUUACACAAAUUAAGAUUUUUAGAAGAUUAUCUCAGCUCUGUAGGUCCAUACAGUGCAAGUGAAUGGUGGUCUGAACUUUGAAGGUCUAAAGAGCACAUAAAGGCUGCAUAAAAGAAAUCCAUAUGACUCCAGUGAUUAAAUCUGUCUUCAGAAGCGAUUAUGCUUGAUAAGCCGACAACGUAUGAGGUCAUGUAAACGCCUUAAGCCAGCGCCACACUAGCUGAUUUUUCCAGGGAUUUUUAAGUGUAAGCUUCAUUUACAUAUUCUCCGGCCAGUACGGGAGAAAUGGAGCGCACUUCAGCGUCUGCCAGCGGGAAAUUGUUAAUCCUUGACUGCUGGGACUCCCUGAUGAGUUCGCUGUUCCAGCACCUAGAAAAGCACAUUAAAAUGGUCAGGAAAAAAUCGUUCUGUCACUGGGGUGAACACUUGUGGUCUCGUUGAGUGACUAAUGAGCUGUUUCUUUAACUGAAGAACUGACAAGAUGUCAUGCUCAUCUGAAUAUCAACUGAUCAGCACAUGUAGAUUUUUGCCCGUUAUCCCAAUUUCACAUUGCAUAUAAACACCUUUACCAGUGUUCUUACCGGCUUAUCUAAUCUGCACGUUUUGGUGUCAAAAGUAGAAAAUAGUCUGAUUAUUUCAUCUUAUGUAAACAUUGUCAUUUUUUAUUAGCUGAUUUUAAUCGUUAUCAAUGUAUUGCUGUGCAUGUAAACGCUCUCAGUACGUAAGUAAAAUGGGUUGUGAAUAAUUUCAUGUUGACUUUAACGUUAAUUCAGUUCUCAGUGUUUCAUAUUGGAGGGGGGAGCCAAAAGUCAGUCAUGCUCAUGGACCUCUGUACAUCUGUAAGUACCUCUUGAAAACAGGGUAGGCUGUGUGUUUAUGAUUUGUAUGUCUUAUAUUUAAUUUCAAUACCUAUUGCAAGUUACUCAUUACUACACUACAGUGUAUAGUUCAGCGUAAACGUUCACAAUGUGUUCAUUUACCAUCUAUAGAGAUACCUCUGUAUGUUCAUGCACAGUUGUAGACAACAAAUGUAUGCUUAUUAUACUGGAUACCGGUCCCACAUUUGUGUUGUUUUAAAGUAUUGAUGAUGAUUUGAAAGUAAAGGAAAGGAUUUAUUGUAUGUGUUCAGCUCUCAAAGGUGUUCUACACAUCAUUAUGCAAUUGAGAGCUGUACUCAGAAACCUUGGACACUUUGUAUUACUACUAUGCAGUUGAUAUGAAAGUAAAUGGACUCAAAUGCACCAGAUCACAAACCUCAGGCAACUCUAGACAGUCUAGACAUUGGCCCUCAAGUACAUAACCUUGACCACGGGAUCCAUCCAUACUUUUUUAUUUUUAUGUUAAUGCAUGCAGAUUUAGCAAGGAGGAAAUUUUUAUUUAUUAAUUCAUUUUAAACAAUGUAUGGUAGCAUUCAAGUGGAAAUGAAUCCUAAUUCAAGACAAAGUAAAAAGAUCCAGAAAGAGUGGUUGGCAGGAUGCAUUGUCUAUUUUAAAGAUGAAAUAUAAAUAUAAAAAGAGUAUUUUCAAAUGUUUGAUAACCCUAUUUAGUCUCCACAUUAUUCAAGUAUUUUAAGUGGUAUGCAUUGCCAUGUGACAUGUAUGAAUAAAAAAACUAUUUCCAUUUCAUAUAUGUUAGUAAAGCACUAGCAAUUGAACUUGCAUGUUAUAAACUACGUUCUAGAUGCAUUUAUACGAGCUACUUUUUACCAUUUAAUUUAUUGAGUCCAGUAAUUAUUUGCCUUGUUAAGUUUAUCUAGAUAUUUCCACUGUAAUGUUUACAAAUCUCUACAAGGCCGACAUGAAUGAAAUUUAAUGGGAGUGAAAAGAAUAGCACUGUAAUUAUUUGGUCAUGCCGCCAAAUGGUCCUGUUCAGAAAGCCAUGUUUUGUUAUUGGGUUAACAGAUUGAAAGCUCAUUAUAAACGCAGAAAUAGAAUGUGAAAUAAACAUAGACUUUACUGCUAAGAGUUUGUC